AAGAAAAAAAAAAGGUCUCCUCGAAUCUGCUCCAGCAACAAAUAUUAAGCUGCUGCUUCUGUUGUAAUUACUCGUGAUAAUUAGGAGGAUCUAAAUUAUUUUGCUGUCCUUUUGUCCCCACUCACACAAACAUGUCGGCUUUCCCUCACAAAGGCAUGGAGCUCGGGCUGAAAUGAACGUUUCACAAUUGCUGACAAGCUGAUGUUUCGCAAUUAAUUAAAAUCUCAAGAUACAACUGGGUGCAAUAAUUGUUCCUUUGCUGCUGGAUGUUCGUGUUGUGGAGCCACUGUUGUCUGUGUGUGUGUGUGUAAACUUAGUGUUUUGUCUGACAUUUCAACAUUUCAAACGAAGCUCCCCGUCAGGAGGAAAAGGGAAACACUUGUGUGUGUUGGGGGGGGGGGGGGGGGGUCGUUAAUAUGCAGGAAAAACCCGUUGGGUCCGCGGUGGCGCGCUAACGUGCGUGCGCACUCAUAAAAACAACACACGCGCACGUUCUGCAGCUCCAUCCGUCUCUUCUCACUUUUUUUAAUUUAUUUAUUUUUUUAUUUCCUCUGUUAUGUGCUCUCAUAUACGCGCGCGCACGUGUCAGCAUGAACACAGAAAAGCACAGUCUACUCACACGUGCACCCCCCCCAAAACACUGCACAACAUCCAUCUCGCACAAGCAAAACGCACGAACGCGCAAGAACCGAGCCUUCAGAGACCCACACAAACUCUGCAGCCCUCCUCUCUCUCCUUCUCCCUCUCUCUCUCACACACACGCGCGCGCGCGCACUCCCUCUACACCCCCUCUCUUUCCAGCAUUAGUCAAUAGAGUCAGGAUACAUAAACCACCCACCAGUCACCCAAAGCAUCUCCCAGCCAAACCCUACCUCUCUCCCUCUGCAACAACACACAUACAACCCGCAACAGCCUGAGCAAGAACAGGACAAGAACAGCAACACAAUUGAAACCGCAGACUCUCAAAUUCUUAAAUUAAAUCAGACCAAGUGCCCAGAAUUCACAAACAGUAACACGCCACGGCACGAAUUCAGGUAAAGAUUUACUGUGACGGACUGGCAACUUGUCCAGGAUGUACCACACCUCUUACCCUAUGGCACCAGCUGAUGGAUGGUAAAGAUUCACAACAAGAGGUCACAGACAUGCUAACCAACUCCUCAUCCUCCAACAACUCUCUCUCUCAGCCACCCUCCUCCCUGGUGAUGUCUAACCAUCUAUUAUACAUCAACUGCCUCACCACCAGACCCGGUUCUCUCAUCUAUACAGCAUAUCUUUCCUUCAACAUUCUUCUCUUUCCUCUCUGGAUCCUCAUCCUCCAACAAUGGUGGAGAAAGCGCUGCACCUCCUCAGCAGUUGCGAUGAGUCACUCUGACAGCUUCACCUAUCAUGUGGUUGUAAUGGAGCUGAUUUGUAACUUGGGAAGUAUCUUCACCAUUUACGGUAUCAAUUCACAUGAUUCAAGCGUAAUGUUUUGGGGGUUGCCUCUUAUUGCUUUCACCUGGGUAGGAGAGACAUUCUUCCAUAUCCUGACCUCUGUGGAGCGCUAUCUGGCUGUUGUUUAUCCCAUCACCUAUGUUAGUCUGAAAUAUGAAAGAGGGGUCAGAAUCAGAAAUAUCUGCAUUGGCUGCAUUUGGCUGCUUUGCUCUGUGAGCGCAGGUCUGACAGAGAUGGUAGACUUGCUCGUAAACCUGAUGUUUAGCCUUGUGGUGUUAUGUUUCAUCAUCAACUCCUUCUGCAGCCUUUCUGUUCUCUACAUUUUGAUCCGUCCAGGCCCAGGAGAACAGGGUGCAACCAGGGAGAGGUCAGUCAAACUCAGGGCAUUCUACACUAUUCUGGCCAUACUGGGAGCACAGGUGGCGAGGUUCUUGGGGGGUCUAGCUUGGGGUGUGGUCAACAUGUCAGGAGGAGUGAAUGCAUGUAUCAUAAAUGUAUCUAAUAUGUGGUUUAAUGUUCCCAGCAGUCUGGUGUUACCUUUGCUGUUUCUUUACAGAGAAGGCAAGUUUUUGUGCUGUAAGAACAACAGUCAGUGACUCAGAAAAUUGUGCGUAUCAUAAAGGAGAUUUUUGACUUUUAACAUCUGUGUAUUUGUGCUUUUUAGUGAAGCUUUAACUGAAACUCUUGAUUAAAUCAAACUAUGCAUUUCCAGCGUAUUGAUUGUUUAAAUGCAGAAAAUAAAAACACUUAAGACUGGACUUUAUAAGCAUACACUCACACUCACAGCACUAUUCAUUAAAUGCUAACAACUUGAUCCUGAUGUCGAGAAACAGAUAUGUAGUAAAUAUGUUGCUAUUAACUGAGUUUUCUCUCAACUUUUGUCCAUCAUUUGUGCAAAUCAUGACUGAAUUAAUAUAGAUAUGGAAUACAUUGUUGUGCUGUUACAGCCCCCAGUAUUGUAAACCCUGCCACUUGUUUCUGAAUGUUGUCAGGACAAUGGUUAGAUUUUACGAGUAUCUGCCUGUCCCACGCAUAUUUCCAAGAUGAUCCAAGGUAAGAAGUUAGUUUUUUUUCACGUUAGCAUAGUAAUAGGAACAUUUGAAAUGAUCCUGCCUUUGUAAUGUUAUGAGAUUUUUUUUUUUAAGAGCACAGAAGAAUUGGUUAGUGCUAAGAAAUAAUAUUUUUCAGUUAAAACACAUUUUAUUAAGCCAAGCACAUGUUUCAAGAGGGUAUUUGCCAGCUCAAGAUAGCACUGAUAUACUAAAGAGUUUCUGUGGGUGAAAUGUUUCAUCAUCAA